CGCCCCGCCCGGUGAAUGGAGCAAUGCCGCUGAGCCGGUCCGUGUGUCGGCUGCAGACGCUCCUAGGACAGGCGGGCAGGUCCCUGCGGCUGGCACGAGUCAGCAGCACCCCGGCGCCGGGCGGCAUGGACAGAGGAAACAUCAUUUCCCACAAGGACAUGAAAGCACUGGUCACCGGCGGGAAGGCUCGGAUUAUCGACGUGCGGUUGCCGGGGGAGGUGGCGAACGGCCAUAUCGCCAACUCAGUCAAUAUUCCAGUGGCAGAAGUCGAGGAAGCCCUGAAGAUGGACCCUGAGACGUUUAAGAUGAAGUAUGGUGUGGACAAGCCACGGAUGGAUGACGAGAACUUGAUCUUCCACUGCCAGAUGGGCAGGAGAGGGGCUCAGGCCACAGAGAUCGCCAUGACUCUCGGCUACGCCAAGGCCCGUAACUAUGCAGGCGGCUACAAGGAAUGGUCUGAGAAGGAAGGGAAGUGAAGUGGGAACGACUCCCCGAGGGCUGGUGUCUGUCCCUCCACGCCUAGCAGCUGCUUUGCCCUGAGGACUCUUCCUUCACUUCCUUGCUGCAACGUCGUCGCAUUGCUGCUGACACCUGAUGCUGGGAUGGGAACACUCUGGGUCCUGGUGGGCUCUUGGCUAAGGCACCUGUCUGAGAAGCUGCCACUCUGCUUUCUGUCUCACUUUCCAGACCACUUGUUAUGUUGGAGCAUAUUAAAGUUCUGUAUUAAAAUCACAAAUGAGUUUGAUUCCCCAUAGUUUAAAUUCCAGGGUACUACUAAUUAAGAGGUCUCUUGGGUUUUGGUCUUUUAUUUUUACUGUUUCUCUCCCUCUCUGUGUGAAACUUGCAAGCUGCUAAUUGUGUUAGUACAUCCUAAGACAGAGUCUGUUCUCAAAGCAAUACUUUGUAACAACAACUACUCACACAGAGAGACUCAAAGCGAUAAUUUGUAACAACUAACAACAGAAACAGCACACAGAGACUCCCGGCCCUUUUGUUGUUUUCAUUUCGCUUUUUUAACAAUUGUGAUUAAAAUAGAGAUAGAGGAUGUAUGUGGAUGGAUGCUUGGUGUGGAUAAUAAAUGAAUGAUCAGGGAGGUGUCAGCCUAAGAAUCCAGUUUCGAUGGGCCGAAGAAGGUGUCAAGUGGAAAUAACCAGAGGACCCCCGGAGGGCAGACUGGAAUCCACCCAACAGCUUCAAGGAUGGGAGAACUCAAGAACAAGAUAACAUCUGGCAGCAUGGAGCUGUCAGGAAUGUGCCAUCUGCUGAUUGACAAAGGCUUGACAAAGCCCUGGCUGGGAUGAUUUAAUUGGGGAUCGGUCCUGCUUUGAGCAGGGAGUUGGACUAGAUGACCUCCUGAGGUCCCUUCCAACCCUGAUAUUCUAUGAUUCUAUGAUGAAGCAAUUCCCAUAGGAAUGAAUAGGAAUAAAUAAAUUCCUAUAAAAAUGGACUCUAGAAACUGAGAACUUUGGGGUCUGAUUCUGCAAACCAACUUCCAGGAGCAUCAGAUGAGCAUCUGACAAAGCCCUGCUCCCUCCUUGUGUCCAGACCACCUGGCCAGUGGCUUGGCAUGAGCAAGUCUAAGGCUGGUAACUAUGAUAACAACCUUGCAGAACCUGUGUGUGUGUGUGUGUGUGUGUGUGUGUGAAUAAAUACGAAAUUGAAUGGAAUGUUAUAGCUAUAACUAACUGCUUACUGUGAUUCUUUCUGUAUUCACAAUAAAUGUGGCAUUUUGCCUUAUUCCCUUUAAUAA